AUGGAGAACGCGAAGGCGGCGGUGAGCGCGUUGGCGAUCGCGACGUGCGUGACGGCGAUGCCGGAGAUGGCGCACGCGAGCGGGGGGGAGUUUGGGAUUCUCGAGGGUCGAUCGGCGGCGCUUUUGCAUCCGAUCGGCUUGGGGUCGCUGUACGCGGUGACGCUUUACGCCGGGUGGCUCGGGUUGCAGUGGCGACGCGUGCGGACCGUCGGUGAUGAGAUCGCGGGAUUGAAGAAGACGUUGCCCGAAGAUGCGGCGGCGGCGGCUGGGAGCGCGGUGGCGAAACAGAUUGACGAGCUCACGUCGACGAGAAAGGAACUCGUGGCGGGCAAGUUCAAGGAUAAGCACGCGAAUAUGGGGUACUUGCUCCUGGCUUUGGGAGUGACUCUGGCCGUCGAGGGCGGCAUGAACACCUACUUGCGCGUGGGCAAGCUCUUCCCGGGGCCGCACUUGUACGCCGGGGCGUCUAUCGUCGUACUUUGGGCCAUGGCGGCUGGUUUGGUGCCGCAAAUGGAAAAAGGCAACCAAAAAGCGCGCGACUUGCACAUCGCGUUGAACUGCGUCAAUCUCGCUCUGUUCACGUGGCAAAUCCCCACCGGGUUGGAGAUCGUCGGUAAGGUUUUCCAAUUCACGAGCUGGCCGUAG